UGAAGGAGUGGGAUGUUUUUAUUUUUGUAUUUUGUUUUGAUGUCGUUGCUUCCGCAAUGGACAUGUAUUUCUUUCUACAGUUUACUAACCGUACAGUAGGUGGCGGUAGACACGUUAUAUUUGUGUAAAUGUCAGUAUACCAGAGAAGAAGAUGACGCUGUUGAACUGUCGUAGAGGGGAACAGGAAGUUCCGGGUGGAAAACGACAGAACUGUGUUGUUAUGUCGAUAGUGGUUGUGUCCGUUUCAACUGUAUUAUUGUAGGCCGACUCAGAUUAAGUCUGAGGCCGGUAACAUCAACAGUGAGGACAAACCCAGCCUGCCUCUCUCCUUCCACACUGAGUAGAAACCUACAGUCACUGGGUCCUGAUUGUGACAGUGGAGCUCAUUUUGCACUGCAGGAUUCAGAGAUGGCAUCAGUGAAGCUGGAAGACUGCAGUCAAACACUGGAGCUGAAUGUCAACAUUAAAGAUGAAGAAGAAGAGGAGGAGAAGAUUAGAACAACUGUUAGUCAUGGAUACCAUGUUGAGACAUUCUCUACAUCCAGAGUGCAACAGCAGGAAGAUCAGAGAGCUAAGAGGUCUCAUCACUGCCCACAUUGUGAAGAGAUUUUCCCAUUUCUAUCAAAGCUAAAAAUACACCUAAAAAUACACACAGGAGAGAAGCCUUACUCCUGCUCUGACUGUGGAACUGGUUUUUCUCAACUUGCCCACUUAAAAUCACAUGAACGUAUACAUACAGGGGAGAUGCCAUACUCCUGCUCUGACUGUGUAAAAUAUUUCAAAACAUCAACUCAACUAAAAGUUCAUCAGAGAACACACACAGGAGAGAAGCCUUAUUCUUGCCCUGACUGUGGAACUAGGUUCUCUAAACUUUCCACCUUAAAAUCACAUGAACGUAUACACACAGGAGAGAAGCCUUACUUUUGCUCUGACUGUGUAAAAUGCUUCAAAACAUCAACUCAGCUAAAAGUUCAUCAGAGAACACACACAGGAGAGAAGCCUUACUCCUGCUCUGACUGUGGAAAAUGCUUCACAACGUCAACUGAUCUAAAAGUUCAUCAGAGAACACACACAGGAGAGAAGCCUUAUUCCUGCCCUUACUGUGGAACUAGGUUCUCUAAACUUUCCAACUUAAAAUCACAUGAACGUAUACACACAGGAGAGAAGCCUUACUUCUGCUCUGAAUGUGGAAAAUGUUUUAAAACAUCAAAUGAGCUAAAAGUUCACCAGAGAACACACACAGGAGAGAAGCCUUUCUUCUGCCCUGACUGUGGAACUAGUUUCUCUCAACUUUCCUACUUAAAAUCACAUGAACGUAUACAUACAGGGGAGAAGGCAUACUCCUGCUCUGACUGUGGAAAAUGUUUUAAAACAGCAAUUGAGCUAAAACUUCACCAGAGAACACACACAGGAGAGAAGCCUUACUUCUGCUCUGACUGUGGAACUAGUUUCUCUCAACUUUCCCACUUAAAAAUACAUGAACGUAUACACACAGGAGAGAAGCCUUACUUCUGCUCUGACUGUGUAAAAUGCUUCAAAACAUCAACUCAGCUAAAAGUUCAUCAGAGAACACACACAGGAGAGAAGCCUUUCUUCUGCCCUGACUGUGGGACUAGUUUCUCUCGACUUUCCUACUUAAAAUCACAUGAACGUAUACAUACAGGAGAGAAGCCUUACGUCUGCUCUGACUGUGGGGCGAGUUUCUAUCAUCUGGGCAGCUUAAAAACACACCAACGUAUACACACAGGAGAGAAGCCUUACUCCUGCUCUGACUGUGGAAAAUGUUACAAAACAGCAAAUGAGCUAAAAGUUCAUCAGAGAACACACACAGGAGAGAGGCCUUACUCCUGCUCUGACUGUGGAAAAUGCUUCAAAACAGCAAAUGAGCUAAAAGUUCAUCAGAGAACACACACAGGAGAGAAGCCUUUCUUCUGCCCUGACUGUGGAACUAGUUUCUCUCAACUCUCCAACUUAAAAUCACAUGAACGUAUACAUACAGGGGAGAAGGCAUACUCCUGCUCUGACUGUGGAAAAUGUUUUAAAACAGCAACUGAGCUAAAACUUCACCAGAGAACACACACAGGAGAGAAGCCUUACUUCUGCUCUGACUGUGGAACUAGUUUCUCUCAACUUUCCCACUUAAAAAGACAUGAACGUAUACACACAGGAGAGAAGCCUUACUUCUGCUCUGACUGUGUAAAAUGCUUCAAAACAUCAACUCAGCUAAAAGGUCAUAAGAGAACACACACAGGGGAGAAAAAAGGUUAAUCAGAGAACGCAGGCAUGAGAGAAGCCUGCUUACGUCUGCUCUGACUUUUGGGUGAGUUUCUCUCACCAUAGCAACUUAACACACCAAUGUAUAGACUAUAGACGUCUAGCCAUAGGCUGCGUGUUUGAAUCUCAUCAAGGAGGACUUUAGCAAUUUAGCUAAUUAGCAACUUUGCAACUUCCUACACAUUUUUAGCUAUGUUAGCAUGUUAGCUUAGCAUGCAACUACUUAGCAUGUUAGCUAACCUUUCCCCUAAACCAAAACUCUACCUUAAACCCCUCACCCCUAACCUAGCUAACGUUAGCAACAACAAAUUGGAAUUCGUAACAUAUCAUACAUAUUACAAGUUCGUAACAUAUUGUAUGAAUAGCAAUGCGUAACAUAACAUAUGAAUUGUAAUUCUUAACGUCUGAUAUGUCCUACAAGUCGUAUUAUACUGAACAACAAUCUAAACGCAACAAUUUCAAAGAUUUACAGUUCGUAUAAGGAUAUCAGUCAAUUGAAAUAAAUGAGGCCCUAAUCUAUGGAUUUCACAUGACUGGGCAGGGGCUCAGGCUUGGGUGGGAUUUGGGAGGGCAUAUGCCCACUUGGGAGCCAGGCCCAGCCAUUCAGAAUGAGUUUUUCCCCACAAAAGGUCUUUAUUACAGACAUAAAUACUACUCAGCCCCCUCCCAGACAAUCCUGCAGGUGAAGAGUUCCUGGGCUGCCGUGGUUACAUGUGAUCUGCAGUUGUGAGGCCUGUUGGAUGUACUGCCAAAUUCUCUAAAAGGACUUUAGAGGUGUCUUAUGUUAGAGAUAUAAAUAUUGAGUUCUCUGGCAACAGCUCUGGUGGACAUUCCUGGAUUCAUCAUGACAAUUGCACAUUCUCUAAACUUGAGACAAAUGUGACAUUGUGUUGUGUGGCCUUUUAUUGUCCCCCAGCACAAGGUGCACCUGUGUAAUGAUAAUGCUGUUUUAUCAGCAUCUUGAUAUGCCACACCUUUCAGGUGGAUGGAUUAUCUUGACAAAGGCUGAAAUGCUCAUUAACAGGGAUAUAAACAAAGUUGUGCACAACAUUUGAGAGACAUUAGCUUUUUGUGCAUAUGGAACAUUGCUGGAUUUUUUUAUUUCAGCUCAUGAAACCAACACUUUACAUGUUUAGUUUAUUUACUGUGAUUGUCCAAACAUACUAAAUGGAGUGGCACUGAUGUUUUUUGUAUAAUAUAAAACGUUUUGCUCUGAGACCAGGUUGUCCCUCUGCAGUAUUCUGUGGGAAGGAGCUAGUAUACACUUUUUAAUUGUUUUUAUUGAACCUUUGUUUAACUAGUUAAGUCAGUUAAGAACAAAUUCUUAUUAACAAUGGUGGCCAAGGAACAGUGGGUUCAGAUUUGUACCUUGUCAGCUCGGGGAUUCAAUCUAGAAACCUUUUGGUUACUGGCCCAACGCUCUAACCACUAGGCUACCUUCCACCCCUAACAUGUAUCAGAUGGAGAUGGUGUGAUGAUCACUUUUCACCAUAAGUUUGGGGGGGAUUGUUUUACAACUUUAUUUAAUGAUACACAGUUUAUGAAAUUAAUACAUGUGUUUAUGAAUUGUCUUUAAAGCUAGAUGAGUUAUUUUAGUUACUGAUCAUGAAUGUGUUUGGAUAACUGCAUUGAAGAAAACGUUAUUGAUCUGCCAAUGAAAAAUAAAGUUACAUGAACCUCUUCUUCU